ACACUUUCCUAUAUUGCGACUGGGACUUACCUAUCUCUGUUGCUAUUAGAGAGAGAAAGAGAGAGGCCAUUGUUGUAUAGCAAAACCUAGACUCUACUUCGGGGCUUCCCUCUGGAUUGGAUUUGGACGGACAGCAAGAAAACACAUCAAAGAAUAUGGAUUACAUGGACCUUGAUGAGGUAAUAGAUGUCCCUGAUACUCCUGAUAGAUUAGCGGCACAGAACACUAAUGGUAGGGGUUGUAUCGAAAGGGAAAAUAAUUUACCUGCAGUUGGCUAUUCAAAAGAUACUGAUUUUUUUUAUGAAGGAGUUAGAAACCGGCCAAGGGAUAGAAGUAAACAUGUCAUUGGUAAUGGGCGCAGCAGAAGUCUGUCCCUUCGGCCUUCUAAAAAUCUCAGUAUUUCUGAAAAGUCCAAGUAUGACAGUAAUUCAACAGUUUCUGGAUUAGGGAAUUCAUCUUCUUUUGAGAAUACUCAUUUAUUUAGAAGAAUAUCGGGAGACAAAGCCCCCAAAUAUGAGAAGAAAAAUUCUGUUCAUUCUCAACAUAUGGAGAAAGGAAAAGCUUUGUUUACUUCUCAAACAUCAGCUUGCCAAGAGGACAAUACUGUUGUUGAUCUGACAGAACAGAAUAGGAAUGCCCGAGUAUUUGAGAAGGCUUUCCCGCGUGGUGCAUUAGGAAAUUCUCAAACUGAAAAAAUUAGAGAAGAAUCAAUAACAAUCAAUGACACUACUUCUUUCUGUGGCAUGGAAAAUUCUUUGAAGCCAUCUGGCAAUAAUUUUAAAGGAAAAGAAAAAGUAGAGGAUAAACGUAAAGGUGUUUCAGGUUUAGGUCGUGGAAAAGGAAUCGAUUUCUUUGGUGAUUGUCAACCGAUAGCUGGAAUGACGAUGUCUACAUCUCUAAAUUCUAAUACCUCACCUAGAGUCACUGGACAAAAAAGAUUGGUGCGAAAUGGAUGUAUCUCUCCACAUAAUAUAGAAAAGGCCAAGCAGUCAGCUGAAAAGCACGAUCAUAGUUCCAUAGACGUUCCUGGGGCUGUGGCUUCUAAUGGUCCUCCUUGUGUGAUUGAUAUUAAUGAUAUCAUUGCUGAAGACAACAAGUCUCAUAGAGUUAAAGGAAAAGGGAUUGUAGUGCAUCCUUUUUCAUCAAAAGAGCCUGAGACAAAAACUACACAUUUAUCUAGCAGGGAUUCAAUAAUUCAUCGUGAAAAGGUUGAUAGACAAACUGAUGCUGGUAGAGAUGCAUUCAGAUGCUUUGAAGCAUUAGGUGGAUGGAGAAGUACUCGUAAUCGUACAAAGAAAACGUCUCUCCCCUUGUCUGAUGAGGUUCGGCAUCUUUCUAGGAGAGAGGAUGACCCAGGCUUUCUCUAUCAACACCAUGAAAAUAAGACAGAGAGGAGAGAGAAUGGAAAUGGAAAUGGAAAUGGAAAUGGAAAUAGUAACAGGACUAUUGGUGAAUGUUCUAAUGACCAGAAUGUAUCAUGUGGUAUUUCUCAGUUGUGCCAAUCUGAUGAGCAUCGUCAUGCAGCUCUCACAUUUAUUAAAAGACAAAAGCAGGGUUCCACUUCGAGUAAUCAUGGCGAUUGCUCUACAUCGGGCACUGAUGACGCAGAAAAUUUGUUUCUUGGCUCGUCUGGUGAACCGUCUAAUUCAAGAUCAUCCAGAAACCAGAGUCAUCAUGGUGUGGACAUCUUAAAUCCAGUUAUUGAAAUUGAUGAAUUUUCCCCUGGAAUAAGAAACGGUGGUUCCCGGAAUAUUGGUUGCAGUAGUAAUGAUGACUCAGAUGCUAGGGCAAGACAGGUAGAAGCAGAUGAGAUGUUGGCUCAUGAACUCCAAGAACAAUUAUAUAAUGAGGUGCCAGGAGUUGGAGUUGGAGUUGAUGAGAUUGAUGCACACAUGGCAUUGUCCUUGCAGCAGGAGGAAAAUUCACAGCAUGCUUUCCCUAGUGGAAGUCGCCGUGUAUCUCGUCCUAGAGGUUCAUUAAAUUCAAACUUACAUCAACAGCCCCGAGUACAGUCCCGAGUGCGCUCUUCUCAGAACUCUUCAAUUUCGAGGGGUACCCAAUCUCGAGUUCCUACCUCUACUAGAAUGGCUCGGUUGAGAGGUCGCUUUCCUGGCCAACCUCGUACUUUGUCGCCUAGAGAAACCUUGUUUCCUCCAAGCAUGGAUAUGGACAUGAGAAUUCAUAUACUGGAAGCAUUAGAGGCCUUUAGUGAUAUGGGAAUGGCUGGUGGCUUCCUUCAAGUUCAGCGCGAUUUCAACGAAAAUGAUUAUGAAAUGUUAUUGGCUCUGGAUGAGAACAAUCACCAUGCUGGUGCAUCUCUUGAUCAGAUAAACAGAUUGCCAUUGUCAACAGUUCAGACUGAUAACCUUGAAGAGGCUUGUGCAAUUUGUCUUGAUACUCCAACCAAUGGAGACACCAUGCGGCAUCUCCCUUGCUUACAUAAAUUUCACAAAGAUUGCAUAGAUCCGUGGCUCCAAAGAAGAACAUCAUGCCCGGUUUGCAAGUCAUCAAUCACUUGACUUGCGCUUGGAAUUCAUGUGCUCAUGUCAUGAUGCUGCAUCAAAUGAAGCGAAAUCUGCAAGCAAUCACAUUCUGAAUGCCAAGGUAAACUAUUGUGCAUCUUUUAUGGGCUUGAAGCUUUUUGUAAUUGCAGAAUUUUGCUUGAUGGAAUACCACAUUUGUUUUGUUUCAAUUGAUCUAUGGAAAAAGGGAUUACAAGAUUUUACAUAUGUUAUCGUAAUGUAAGUUGUUCUUUGGGAUAUUUCUAAUAAGGGGUGCAUCAUACUUUUGGAAAUGAUUUUGGGUCGAAGUUCAGCAUUGGGUGCUGAACUGAUCAGAGCCCUUGUCUUUUGGGAGUAGCCUGAGAUCAAUAGUAGAUCUUAUUGAAGCCACUGCAAAACAGAUGACAUCAAGCUUGCACAAAAGUAGAAACUUUGGGUGGUUUUGAGUUAAGAGUUCAACCUGACUUAAAAAGUGGACCUGGGAUUGGGUUGCAUCCUCAAGAACCAGAUCCUGGCCUUUCGUGGAGAAAAAAUAGCUUACGCAUGACACAUGCACCUCGAUGGUGGUUUUGUGGGCCUUCACGGUAAGAAAAUCCCCGUCUGUGUCAAAUGCUAGCCUGAUUCCUGUAUCAGAGCCAUUGAUCUGUGGAUGAACAACCAGCAUAAUCUUUUGCUUUAAUGUGUGUGUCAAAGUAUUGCCAUUGAAUUUUAUGACAAGCUUUUUGUUUGGUGUAUUAUCUUACAUUAUCUAUUUAUGGUCAGUUAAGCAUCUUCCUUUUAACAUGUUGACAUUAGUGCCUUUUCCACCAACAUGCACCCUCUUCGAAUUCUUGCCCCCUUGGCAUCUUCUUGCUCGUGCCUUGUUUGGCUGCGAAGAAAGAUAGUAGAAAUGAGCACUAUGGUGAUUUUGUUCAUCUUGACAACUAAACGGGAUUGAAACGUAUCGGAGUAUAUGAUAGCCUCGGAUUGUGUCUCCACAGUAGCUCCGGUGUGUUCCUUGCGAUGGCCUACGUUGACCAUUGAUUGUGUCUCCGCCGUAGAUUCGGUGUGUUCCGUGCUAUGCCUACGCAAGACAAGACAUUAGCCGUACGGUCUACUGUGGCUGCUGGUUCCCCAAACCCUGUCAUGAAGGUUGAACCAUGAAUGAGACUGCAGGGUGAGUUGAAUUAGACAGUCAAUAUACAAUAGUGAUAAGCAUGUCAUUCUUGUGAUUAUGGUAUUGCCAACAUGUUAAAAUAACUGACGUGCUGUAUGGGCUGAUUUCACGUGACAUCUUUUGGAUUCAAGUGAUGCAAGAUUUAAUUUUGUGGUGAUAUUAUGUUAUCAAAAUGUUAUUACUGA